AAGGAAUUCGAAUGCCAGUGGUUUUCGAAUGUUCCGGCUACAUCGUGCCCAUGCCCGUAUGGCUAACCUUCGUGCGCGUGUAUUCGCAUAGUAAUAUUAUCGUUUACGCGUUCGCGCCCAUUCGUCGGCUUUUUGAACACUGAUCAGCGUGGAUUGUGGACCGCGUUUUUACUUAUAGUAUUGUGUUUUAGAUUUUUCAACGGGUCGAAAACGGUGUCUGGACAAUAAUAAUCGUUAAUUCAGUGAUUGCUAGACGUGGAGAGGAACAAUGGAAGUCUCUAAACAUUUUUUGGAAUUGCUCACAGGCAUCGGCUACCACGUUGGACACUUGCCCAAAGAUUUGUGGGUUAAUGAGGAACGGCUCCCGGAAUUGCAACCAGUUUUCGCGUUGCUUGUAAACAAAUUGUCGCCGAAAACCAAUUGCGUGACACCCAGGGAAUUAGAGCUGUACAAUGCUCUAUUGUCAAGAUAUGAUCAAUUUUCAUCUUUGGAUCAAGUGUUGAAUUCUAUUAAUAGAUUUUACAAUGCGACUACUAAAGAUUCAGUAAUAUGUUCUUCAGAUCUAGAAGCUUUGGAAAAAAAAAUUUUAAAUUCUGAGCAAGAUUUGGAAAAAUUGAAAACAUGUAAAGAUUUAUACGAGUACGUAGAUUUUGUAUCAUAUGAUAAUAAUGUUUAA